CAGAAAACAGAAACCUCUCCUACAGACCAUCGCCGCCGGCGCGCCGCUACCAUGGCCGCCGCCCGUGGCCAAACCCUUGGCCGGAGCAGCUUCUCCCGCACCACAUCCAACCCAGCGGCCUCCUCGUCGGGUGCUGCCGGCGUCAAGCUUGGCCCGAACGGGGCCGCCUUCGUCUCUUCGGGCAUCCCCGACCUCGACAGGAUUUUGGGUGGUGGGUUCCUUCUUGGCUCGGUUGUAAUGAUUAUGGAAGACUCUGAUGCACCACACCACCUUCUGCUUCUUCGAUGCUUCAUGGCACAGGGCGUUAUGCACAAGCAGCCCCUGCUCUUUGCAGGACCUUUGAAGGAGCCGCGAUUGUUCCUUGGUACCCUGCCUGCUCCUGUUUCGUCUUCGAAGGAGGAUGGAAGGCACAGAGUGAUGGGGGCUGGAGUAAGUAGUGAUGGACGAGGAAGUGAUGAGGGUUUGAGGAUAGCUUGGCAGUAUAAGAAAUACUUUGGGGAUGAGAAGGCUUCUAGUGCUGAACAUAAAGACAAUAAGCAAGAAUUCAGCAAUGAUUUUGAUUUGAGGAAGCCCUUGGAAAGGCAUUUACUUAAUGGGCAGAAUAUUGAAUGUGUAAGCACUCAAGAUGCAGACAAUCUCAGAGACCUCCAGGAUCAUUGUUCCACUUUCUUAUCCAAGCUUCCAGGAAAAGACGGUGGAAGUUUAACUGCUGGGAGAAUUGCUAUACAAUCACUCUGUGCACCCCAGUGUGGAUACUUUGAGAAGGACUGGGACAUGAUCCAAUUUAUCAGGUUGCUGAAGGCCAUGGUGCGCUCAUCUAAUUCUGUUGCUGUUAUAACAUUUCCGAGUGCAGUUCUGUCAAAUUCCUUUUGCAGGAGAUGGCAACAUCUUGCAGAUACACUGUUGUCUAUCAAAGCAAUUCCAGAUGAGGACAAAGACUUAGCAAAACUCCUCACAGGAUAUCAAGAUAUGGUUGGUUUUUUACAUGUCCAUAAGGUGGCACAGACUAAUAGCCAGGUCCCUGUGAUCUUAGAGGCAUCCACACUUUCUCUGAAGCUGCGUAAGAGGAGGUCACUGAUGCUAGAACGGUUGAACCAGGCUCCAGUCGAUGGGUCAAGCGGGCCUUCAUCUGCUGCAUCAGGCAGUUGCUCAUCGUCACAAGGCUCACAGCUUGAUUUCUAGUUCAGAUUCAGAUGGUAUGACAGAUCUAACUCUAAGAUGGAGCACAGCUGUGUUACAUACUUGUUACUCUAGAAAAAUGCAAAUGUUUGAGGUUUAACUCUUAGGCUGGAGAUAGUUUGAUGGCUCAUGUUAACCGGGCCCCCUCAUGUAUCUUUCAGCUUGUUGUACAGCACUAUCAGCAGCAUUUGAACAGGCUAAAGUUGUGUAUUACUAUCUGCUGGUGGCAGGUGAUUCACCAAUUUGUACUAAA